GUCCAGUGACGCAGGGAGGGAGGUGUGGCUUUACGCGUUGACGGACUGAUCCGGUUCCCUGGCUGCUGUAGGCGGAUCUGGCAGGGAUCUGGACCGGGCCGUGCACAGGCGGGAUGGGGAACACCGACACCAAGCUGAACUUUAGGAAAGCGGUCAUCCAGCUGACGACGAAAACGCAGCCAGUGGAAGCUACAGAUGAUGCCUUCUGGGACCAGUUUUGGUCUGACUCGGCCACCUCCGUGCAGGAUGUCUUUGCUUUGAUCCCAGCUGCAGAGAUUCGUGCAGUACGAGAGGAAUCGCCAUCGAACCUGGCCACGUUAUGUUACAAGGCAGUGGAGAAACUGGUGGCGGGCGCAGACAGCGGCUGUCACUCAGAGAAUGGAAAGCAGAUGGUGUUGAACUGUGCUCGCUUGCUGACUCGUGUACUGCCGUAUAUCUUUGAGGACCCAGACUGGCGAGGAUUCUUCUGGUCCUCAGUGCCCGGCGCUGGGCGUAGCCAGGAUGAGGAUGAGGAGGACGAUGGAUCGCGUCCGCUGGCUGAAUCUCUGCUCCUCGCCAUUGCCGAUCUUCUCUUCUGCCCUGAGUUUACGGUGCAAAGUCACAAGAAGAGUGGAGCGGAUGCAGCAGAAGACAUCCACACUCUUGACAGCUGUGAAUACAUCUGGGAAGCUGGUGUUGGCUUUGCUCACUCUCCAACACCCAACCACACAUAUGAUCUCAACAGGACUGAACUUCUCAAACUUCUCCUGACAUGUUUCUCUGAGGCAAUGUAUCUCCCACCAUCAUCCGAGAACAGCGGUACCACUAACCCAUGGGUGCAGUUUUUUUGCUCCACAGAGAAUCGUCAUGCCCUACCCCUCUUCACAUCCCUCUUGAAUGUGGUGUGCGCAUAUGACCCCGUUGGUUAUGGAAUUCCCUACAACCACUUGCUUUUUUGGGAUUCGCGCGAACCGAUGGUCGAGGUCUCUGCGCAGUUGCUCAUUGUCACCCUGGACUCGGACCCCGCUGUCACAUCUAGUCCCAGCAUGGAUGGUACCACUACUAGUACUGCAAUGGAUGAGGGCGAUAACCCAGCACCGGACAAUCUGUUUGUGAAUUAUCUGUCGCGGAUCCACAGGGAGGAGGACUUCCAGUUCAUCUUAAAGGGACUCGCCCGCCUUCUGCUGAAUCCACUCACUCAGACAUAUCUGCCAAACUCCACCAAGAAGAUCCAAUUCCACCAGGAGCUGCUGGUUCUGUUUUGGAAACUGUGCGACUUUAACAAGAAGUUCCUGUUCUUUGUUCUGAAGAGCAGUGACGUCCUGGACGUUCUGGUUCCCAUUCUGUACUACUUGAACGAUGCACGAGCGGACCAGUCUCGGGUCGGUCUGAUGCACAUCGGGGUUUUCAUUCUUUUGCUGCUAAGUGGCGAGAGGAACUUUGGCGUUCGCCUCAACAAGCCCUACUCUGUGAGAGUCCCGAUGGAUAUCCCCGUGUUCACAGGAACACAUGCAGACCUGCUGAUUGUGAUUUUUCACAAGAUCAUCACCAGUGGACACCAGCGGUUACAACCCUUGUAUGACUGCCUGCUGACCAUCAUAGUGAAUGUAUCUCCGUACUUGAAGUCUCUUUCCAUGGUGGCAUCUAACAAGCUUCUACAUCUCCUGGAAGCUUUCUCCAAUCCAUGGUUCCUCUUCUCCUCUCCCCAGAAUCAUCAUCUUGUUUUCUUCCUUCUUGAAGUUUUUAACAAUAUCAUCCAGUAUCAGUUUGACGGUAAUUCUAGUCUAGUUUAUGCCAUCAUCCGGAAACGUAAUGUAUUUCACCAAUUAGCAAACCUCCCAUCAGACACUUCGUCCAUCCAGCGCGCACUUCAGAGAAAAAAGAAAACAGCUGAACCCUUAUCACGCACCAAUUCUCAAGAUGGAGCAUCCAUGGAGGGCUCCCGACCUGCUGCCCCAGCAGAACCUGGCACCCUAAAGACCAGUUUAAUAGCCACCCCUGGUAUAGAGAAGCUGACUGAGAAAGCCCAAGUAUCAGAAGAUGGGACUUUACGAGCUGUUGACCCUGAAGCUCCUUCAUCACCUGGAGAGAGCAGCCAGUCUCGUCCAUUGAGUGACACAGAGUCUCAGAGUGAGGAGUCUGCAAAAGGCCGGCAGAGCAGACGACACUCCAGCGUCUCCUCUCAGUGGAACCCAUCUACAGACUGGGUUAUGUCCUGGAAGGUGAAGCUGCCCCUGCAGACAAUCAUGAGGCUUUUGCAGGUCUUGGUUCCACAAGUAGAGAAGAUCUGCAUUGACAAGGGACUGACUGAUGAGUCUGAAAUCCUAAAGUUUCUACAGCAUGGGACCCUGGUGGGGUUACUGCCUGUGCCUCACCCCAUUCUGAUCCGCAAAUAUCAGGCCAAUGCAGGCACUGCUAUGUGGUUUCGCACGUAUAUGUGGGGGGUCAUCUACCUGAGGAACAUGGAUCCUCCUAUCUGGUAUGACACGGACGUCAGGCUGUUUGAAAUCCAAAGGGUUUAGCGUUUAACCAUGGAAUAUUAACCACUGCUAAGUACCUGUCGUCCAUCAAGUCAUGGAGUCUCAUCAUAGGACGCUCCCUCCCAGGCUCUCGAGUGUUUGCACAAGUUAUUGACUACUGUAUACCAAACCACUGUCUGCUUCAUGGAAAGACCGCGUAUCCUAUCAUUCCAUGUGUACUACUGAUAAGCUUUUGUUACUUUUUAUAUUUUUUCGUUUUACGUAUUGAUUUAGUUUGUGGUUGAGAUUGAGUUUGUGGCUUUAUAGCUGCUUUUGAAUUAUGAUUUCUGGUGUCUUCUGCCAGCUUCAUAAUGGGCCACACCUCACCUGAGCCCAUGUCCGCAAUGUUCUUGCUCCAAGUGUACUUUCCUCACUGUGGGUGAGGCGAGUGUGAAAGAGCAGUUCCUCCUGUUACAGGGGUCGUCCAUGCUUGUAAAAAGUCAGAAUGGCUUAAAAUAUAAAAAAAAGGGGGUACUGAUCCUCCCGUUUCAUUGCUUUACACCCCCCAACCCCUUCAGCUUCUACUUCCUGGUGCCUCUCAAAACAGGAAAUGGGACCACUCAGGAAAUCGCUUCCCACGGUGGGCACCCACUAUAUUCAGCAGUCAUAUUUCCAGGCAUUAGAGACGAGCAGGGAACCCAGAAGGUGUCAGGACAGGAUGGAAGAGGAUUGAUAGGGUGAUUAUCACUUAUUUUAUUCUGACCCUUUUGGGAAAAAAAAUAUAAAAAAAAUUCCUCUAUGCCAUCAGCUCCCCCCCCAGUGCCAUCUGAUAACCCCUUCAUUCAUCAUCUGUACCACAAGAUG